AUGGAGCUGGGGGGCUGCAAACCCCGUGGAUUUCAGCGGGGAGCGGGCGUGUGCGCAGAGGGCUCGGCUCCCCGCGGCGGCAAUCGCACUUCAUCAGACGCACACGCCCCCGCCUCCCGUCCUGCUAACGCGGCCGGAGGACCGCGGUCGGAGCCCACGUGGAGCGUGGGCAGCUGGCAGCUCGGGGCUGUGCGUGGCUCCUACGUGGGCACUGACGCAGCCCCAGGACAAAGCGGCCCCCCAGCUACCUUCAGCCCAGAGGAUGUGUCUCAUAGAGGCCCAGAGCUGCAUGCAGCUCACGGGGAACCGGCUUUGGACAUAGCGUGUCUCUGUCUCUUUCGUUUUAUUUCACUUAUUUACUUGUGUUCCUCUCACUUAGGAACGAUCUUGUCUGUCCGGAACCGGCGUUUUCUCAAAGAAAAUACCUCUGUCCGAAAAUGGAAAGAAAAAUCGGCUAGAAAUGUCCCCACCGUGGUGCCUGACAUAACCAGCGUGAACUGGGGCCCCAGAGGCCGACCUAAAAUCUGGGCGCAGGCUCCGGUGGGAGACGAGGACAGCCGCUCUGAGCUCCUGAGCCGUUCCCGGGCGGCGCAGGGUUACGCUCCGUGA